AUGGCGCCUAAGAAGCUGACAGACUGCCCGGAAAAUCUCCGGGAGUCUAUCGACUGGUUGAUACAGGUAAGGUAUGGAAAUGGUAGUGGUGGUCAAGGCCUUGAGGAGUUGGCAAAAGCUUUGAAAAGGCUUAUUGGUGAGGCUAUUGAAAAGGCUGAUGAGAGUCUUAAAAAGAGGCAAGAGCAACUUGAAUGCCCUGAAAAAUAUUAUGCUAAUCCUGUACAGUCUUAUUGUACUAAGAAGCAGUCUGACAUUGACAAUGAGACAGAUGAAUCUAAAAAGUCCAUGCUUAAAAAAGAAAAGGAUGACCAUUAUAAGGAAGUUCAUUACCUUACUGAGGAUGCCAGACAAGGAGCCUUGUCGGCUGUGACCGCCAACUCGGCGUCUCUUAGUGUUCUUCGAGAAAAGCUUGAUACCUUCACAAAUUCACUUACUAACAAUCACGUUUUAACGCAUCUUUGUUCCGGGCUUGAGACCUUUUUGGGUUACGAGUCUGGGAGUUACACCGGAGAAGGAAUUGUGUACUCCGACCUUGACAGGCUGUGCGACGGGGUGAUGUCUUUCCUUCAUGGUGUUUUACAUAGCAUUCAGCCUAAAUUAGGCUUACAUAAAGAGUCUAUAAAAGAUGCAAUUAAUGCUCUUAACACCCAUAAACACUCUGGUAAAGAAGGUUUUAAUGCUGCGAUUAGCGCAGUGGUCAAGGGGGUGAGGGAGUAUAAUAAUAAGGUGAGGGAGUCGAACAAAAAGGUGAGUGGACAAAUUCAUAGUUUUCAGCGGAAGAUGAAGGAUCUCAAUGAGCAAGUAAGUGGAAUACUGCCAGAGAAAAAAGCUGAGGAAACGAUUCCUCCAAAACCAGUGGAGCCGUAUAGCUCCAAGGACGUUCGUCAGGGAGAAGAGAACAUUAAGAAAAAAUUAGAGGAGUGCAAAAAUAAUGCAAAAGAGUUUAGUGAAGCUCUAAAUAUCAAAAUCAAUAAGGCCAAAAUAAAAGAGGCAAUUGAAGACUUAAAUCCCCAAUUGCGUGACAGCGUGAUGAACGCCGUGAAAGCUGUGCAGCAUGAGAGUAAGCGGCUUAAAGAAUUGUCUGAGAGGGAAGCAAAGGAGUUGAAGGAGACGGAAGAGAAAAUUGGUGAAGUGAUAAAGCAGCUUGAAAAGGAUGUGAAUUCGAAGAUUGAUGGAAAAGUGCGUGAACUUGUGGAGCAUUUGAAGGGGAAGGUGAGUGAAAUUUUGAAGGAUUUGGAAAAGAUAAGUAAAAAUCUCGAGACGUAUACUCUGGCUCUGCAUAAGUGGAUUGAGCAGGUGCACAACGUUAUUACGGCAGCGGACGAAAAGGUAACCGAAAUUGUUGAGAAGGAUAAUAUUGGACGCGGAAAUCAGGAGGUGAUAAAAGAGAUAGUUGCGAAUCAGUUGAUACAAUGGAGGAAUAAAAUAGGCAAUUACAUAUGUAACGUGAAAGAUUACGCUGACGAGCUUAAUGCGAAGGUGAAGGAGUUGGCAAAACAGUUUCCUAAAAUUGUCGGCAGCGGCAGCGAUGCGCCGACAAAUAUUGAUGGGAUUUUUGACAAUAUUAGGAAUACGGUUGCGCAAAUCAAUGGGAAAAGUAAGAACCCACUUUAUCUGGGUUUCGAGGGGAUUAAAGAGGCUGUUAAGGAGUACGCUGAGGGGUUCACUCAGGGGAAGUUUGAGGAUAAGGUUAAGGAGUGGAUAAAGGAGAUUUUGGAGAAUAACGAUCUGGUGAAGGGAUGGAUUCAAGGGUAUGUUGAGAAAAGGAGUGGUAUGUUUACGUCGCCAUAUGGUCAGGACGGCAGCUUACAAAAUGAGAAAGCCCCCAAAGACAUUGCGCAGCAGAUUGUGACACAACUUCAAGAUCAACUUAAUGGAGUGCAGGAAAGGAUUGGAAGUGUAGAGCGCGACUCCAGUCCCAAUGAAAGAAUGCAAGGGUACGUGAAAGCUGUUCAGGGCGUCUGCAAUCAUUUUGCCGACCAGCUUCAUACGAAACUGUCGUCAACGGGUGUUGAAGAGUUCGUGAAAGGGAUAGCCGGGCAGAUUGAUUCCGCCUUUGAGUUGCAGUCUUCCUUGGCAUCAGGCACAAAUCCAAAAGAUUAUCUCACAUCUGCCGUGCGUUGUACCGUGGAGCAACUCGUAGCGUUGUCAAGACAGGUUGCCGCCGAACUUGAAUCGUUCGCCGUCGAGCGCAGGCCGGUGGCAUCCGAUAAUGGCAUCGCAAGAAAAAUAGAAGACGCUCAUACAAAGGCUCAGAAACUUCACGAUCAACUUCACACGGCGACUGGGCAGCCCAAAUCCUCCAGCGGCAAAACAAACCACGCCGAAAAGCUCGACCAGGCGAUUAACACCAUCACCAAACAAGCAUCUGAAUUAGAUGGCCGUGAAACGCUACAGAAGCUUACAGAUUUUUCUACGGAUAUCACUGAGCACCUUAAGAAGCUGCUGAACGCGUUCGCUGAUAAAGGUGCAGAUGUGAGGGAACGGCUAGGCGAUUUGGCAAAGAGGAUUUCUAAGGACACGCCUAACAUCGACGAUACACUACGAAAAAUCAAGGAUGAUCUCAGCCAGCUGCAGGCAUCCCUGUUGACUGGCCCAAUUAAAAAGGCUCGAGAGUUCCUCCAAAAAGACGCCGCGGACGCCGAAAAACACUUCACCAAGGAGCUCAAGAAGCAAGUCGACAAAAACAUAGAGGAUGCCGAAACUGAUCUCAUCGUCCACGCCCGCAAACAGUACGUCGACGCAAUAAAAGACUUGUUAACGAAAUUCGCCGAGAAAGUGACGAGCGAAUUGGAUCCUUUGCCAGCAGAAAUAAAGUAUGAUUUGACAAUAGGCCAUAAGGGAUUUAUGAAGAAGAUGUCAACGCAUUACAUCCCCAAGUUCUGGAAUGCCGACGGGAAUAAACCGAGAGAAACGACGCCCGCUGAGAUGACUGCCACGUUCAAUGCAGCGCUUAACUAUUUCCUCCAAGAGCUCAAGGCACAGACAGAUUUCAACUCACAUUACUCACACAUUUCGUCACCAGUAAAAGCAGUGACGAAGUUGUUUAACGACCUUUCGUACGCUAAGCACUUUGAUCACACUUUUACUAAGAACCUUAGCGAACUUAAUAGAAAACUAGGAAAGUGCACGCCAAAGCUGUUUGGCGAUAAGUACAGUGUACUCCUCGACCCCUUCAAGGAGGGACUCAACGGCCUGGCCAAGGAGCUGGGCAACGCAUAUAUUAGCACGUAUGACGGUGUUACAUUUUAUCAAUUACUAAGCGAUAAGGUAGAUGCACAGACACAAGCACCUGAAAAGGAAUUAACCGACGAGGGAAGAAACUGCGCAAAAGUAUGCCUCACCAUUCUGUACACUUUUUACAACCAACUUUAUUCCCUGUUCUAUCACUGCUACGCCGACUGGUCAACGCAAACCAUCCAAGGUGAAAAGCAUGACGACGAGUUGAGAAAAUUCCUCGAGCGUCAAGGCUACGAUGUUGUACAACUGAAUAAGGACAAGAGCGGUAGAGAGGUGGGAGCCUUUUUGACCACUGCAUUCGCAUCUCAUAAGGAAUUCGAAAAAUCUCAACUCACCAAAAAAACACUAACUGCGUAUUUAGAUACAUUUAGAGAUCCCACCGGCCCCGUGUCCCAAUUGUUCGAUUAUCUCAACACUUACUACAGCGUUUGCCAUCUGCCAAUUCCAGCCUCCAAGAAGCAUCCGUCGUCGAUCUACGAUAUGCUUACAUGGCUCACUGGCCUCACUCAUAAUCCUGUACAUCACGAAUUAACACUCAACGGUUUCGCUGACCUUUUCGAGAAACCGAAGGACAAGGCCCCCGAAGCCCAGUCGGACGAUCCCAUUGUGCUAGACCAAGAUGACGACGCCUUAGAGGCCUAUCCAAAGAAGAUCACAGCUACGGGACUUUCAGGUACGCUUGCCGAAGUAUCUCAUUAUUCUUAUGAGACUCUGGUUGCAAUCCUCGGCAACGGCCACGCAGGUGGAAUUUAUGCUUGUGAGUUCAACAUAAACCCACAAGGUUUCCUAUACCCUUCCAACAUGAACACAUUGAUCUGUACCUUGUAUGAUAUCCUCCAACGUGUUUACGAACAGUGUUACUUCCUGUACCAAAUGUGUACGCACGAUACUACACUGAGUGGCUGGAAAGAGUGUUGGUACGGUCGGGGCGUCGGAGGAUCGUCGUGGAAGUGCAACAACUUACAGUGUGCCAACCAAACAGCUGACCAACGCUGCGAUCAACACCCUAUCUGCGGUGUGAAAUCUCCACUCCAGUCGUUCUUGGAAGAUGGCUUGCAGGGCUUCUUGCCGCAUACCGUGACUUCAUCCAACGGCAAACUCAACUGCCCAGUCAAAGGCCAUUUCAAUCUGCCUUGCAAAACGCCGAUGGGCUUUGCUGAUAUCACCAAUGUAGCAUCGCAUCGACAAAAAGGUCAUUAUCUAAGAGACAUUCUUCGUGAUUUCUGUGGUAAAUCAUCUUCCCUCACUGCGCUACUCAGUCAUCUGAGAUGUGUCCUACCAAGCGCACCGAAAACGCUCGGUGACAUGUUCGGGUUCUACUUUAGUCUGCUUGCUGACUGGGAUGGCAAGGGUAGCAACCAUGUGCAACGUAACAAACACAGGGAAGCAGCUUAUAGAGAUGCCGUCCAAAAUGCAAACUUCAGAAAUCCAGACACUGAUCUGGAGUUGACUUCCAUGUUCAGUAGCAGCUCCCACGGCUCCGGUAAAAAUACGCCACACCACGAUGGAGAUCUAUAUUCUCUGGUGAAUUGCACAUAUAAAAGAACUAACGAUCCUGCUCACCCCUGCGGUUCAUAUAUCAAACCACUAUGUCGUGACAUAUGCGGUAUGUUUGCCGAAAAGCAUGCUGAAUCAUUCUACGAUUUGCUGAAGCAGUUGUAUGAAACAUGCAACAGCAAGUGCGGCAAGAAGGAAACAAAGUGCUAUGUAAAGAGCUGUGCAAAUGGCUGCGCAAAGAAGCAGUCAAAUGGCAAACCAAACGGCAUAAUUCACGAUGCUUCAUGUAGUUCAAUUGUUAGCUGCAAGACAAUGCUUCCCACUUUAUACAGCUAUGGAUUCGUCUUCGACGACACGGAUGCUCUAAACGGAAAUGGCAAGACAAGCACUAAAAGGACGUGCGCAGAUCUAUGCAGAACAUUGGAGAGAAUAUGUCACGGCAAAUCCGUGCUUGCAAAUAUAGUAAUUAACAAAAUUCCAGAAUUCUUAUUCAGAAUUCGUGAACCUUUCAUCUGGACCUUAUUAGCCCUCUGGUCGCUGUCGCUCCUGUACCUGCUGCACAUCGCCGUCGUCCGCCUCGACGUCCUCAGGAUACGCUCCCACAUAAAAUCACCCGCAAGCCACCGCAUCGCCGCCCAGUCCCUCCUCGCCGCCGCACGCGUCAAGGCUCUCGCCAACGUCAAGUACUUCUCACCAUAA